AUGUCCUUCUUCGAAGCCAAAGUCAAGAAGCCGAUCGUCGACCUGCUCACGUCGGGAGCCUCGCCCCAUAGCCUCGCGCUCUCGAUGGCCUUUGGCGUGACCUGCGGUAUCUUUCCGAUCCCUGGCGUGACAAGUGUCCCGGUCGUCGCUGCCGUCUUCCUCUUUGGGCUCAACCCGGUGGCGGCGAUGCUCAUGAACUACCUCUGCACGCCGCUCAACAUUGCGUCCGUGCCCGUUUUCGUGGCGUAUGGCGGCCAGUUCUUUGGCGCGGGCGCAGAGGACUUUUCCGUUUCGACGCUGCUCCAAGGUCUCCAAGACGAUACGCUGGCGACGCUCGGGCAGUUCCAGUACGUACUUCUGCACGCUAUCUACAUGUGGCUCGUCUUUUUGCCGAUUGGGACGCUUGCGAUCUACCUCGUGUUGUACCCGAUCCUCAAGGUCAGCAUUGGGAGUGCGGCCACCAAGCCCAAGACGACCUAA